AUGGAAGGGGCCGCGUCUCCAUUGCCAGGAGAUCAGCUGGAGCUCUCGGUGCUGGACCAGCAGCCGGACGAGCAGACGCUUCUAAAUGGAGCUGUCCAGAUCAUCCCUUCUUCGGCCCAGGAGCCCAGCGGAGCCCAGGCUAUUGAGCAAAGCCCCUGGAGCUCCUGCAAUAAGAAUUUGGUGGGAAAGUGUGAACUGUGGAUGGUCAUUGUCUCCAUUUUCGUCAGUCUCAUCCUAGUCAUCAUCUUAAGCCUAUGUCUUAUUGGAGCUACUUAUAUCGAUGAAGAUGACAAUAAAAUUCUUGAAUUAUCAUCAAACAGAACAUUCUUUGUUAUGCUAAAGAUUCCACAGGAGUGUGUUACUGAAGAGGGAUUGCCUGGCCUGCUCACGAAAAGGCUCACGGAUGUGUACAGUUCAUCGCCAUCUCUGAGUCGCUAUUUUACUUCGGUUGAAAUAGCGGAUUUCAGUGGUGACAAUGCCACAAUAACUUACCACCUGCAAUUUGGGGUUCCGUCGGAAGAUGCCAAUUUUAUGAAGUACAUGAUGAGUGAAGAGUUGGUGCUGGGCCUUUUGCUACAGGAUUUCCAGGAUCAGAACAUUUCCGGUUGUGACACUCUGGGGCUUGAUCCAACGUCCUUCUCACUCUUUGGUAAGUCGAGCAAGUAAAGGAGACAGCUGUGACGAUAAACAAGUGAUCAGACUGGGCACCGAAAGUUUGGUUUGGCAACUUUGAUAACUUGGUGCUGUGUCAAACCACUCAUUCAUUCGCUCGUCAGCACAGGUUUUUUGUGAGGUGAUUUUUCAGGCUCUGCGGAGGUUACACAGCCUCUGCCCCCAUGACCAGA